ACACACAUGCGCGCGCAUUGUACGCUCGAUCGCUGGCUCUGUCUGUUAUCUCUUCACUUAUCUUUUUCCGAUCCGAGGCGCCGUGUAGUGGUACCGAAUGACUGCUUAUCUGACGACUCGGAGCUGAAAUAAUUGUUUAUUUCAAGCAUAACUCUUCAAUGUUUAAGUAUGGCGACUUCGACUCUUGAAGCACUUCGAACUUCCAAGAAGGGGAACCUUAUAUACGACAAAUAUUGGCUCGAAGAUGGACGUGUAGAGGAUGUGAUCACUCAUUGUUCAUCUCCUCCUUCUGUGUCGGUUGAUCUGCUCGCUGCUGCUCUCUCCAAAGUCCAGCUAGCUUCCCCCAUUACAGAGGAACAGAGAGAUUCUAUAGAAACAGGAAGCAGGAAGAACAAAAGUGGCUUAGUCAGUGAUGAUGUAGAGGUUGACCACAACUAUAGCAGAAGGAUAUCAGUGGAAACUAGCCCAAAUGUGUUGAAUGAAAAGAGCCAUGUUGAACGUGCCCUCCUCCAAUGUGAACAGGAAUGGGAGAAGGUUGCCAAGGAGAGAGUUAAAGAGAGACAAUGGCAGUUACAGGAACACUCUAAGCAGGUCCAAGAACAAGCAGAGCAGAAUGUGGCCUUGAAAGCCCAGCAGAGGGAACUGAAGCAACAGGCCCUGGUCCAGAUGAUGAGACAGGCCCAAAGAGAGGUGGAUGAGAUGAGGGAAAAGAGACUCUUACAUCAGCAAGAACGUCAUAGAUUACAUGUGAAGAGGCUGGAUGCUAAAAUGAAAGCUGCUGUUCUACAAAGAGAAGCUGAUGAAAUGGAGAAAAGGAAGAGAGCGAAAGAGCGACAGGACUUCCAGCAGAGUUUAAGUCGAGUAAAGAGUCAGGUAGAUGAGGCAGCCAAGAAGAUACUUCAUCUGCUCCAAUCUUGCUCUCACAAAGAACACCUGUCUGAGGAGUCUAGAAAGCUCCCAACAGUAAUCCAAGCUCUAUGUAAAAAGGCUGAAUCCCUUGUACAUGAAGCUUCAGAAGUGGAAUCUUUCAGAGGCUUGGAGAGGACCAUGCAGACGGUUGUGGAACAACUUGUGUUGAAACAAGAAGAGGCAAUCAAAGCAAUAGCUGAAGCAGAGAGACAUUAUCAGGAAGAAGUGACAAGGAAGGAGAAAGAGAAGGAGAGGCUGGAGAAGGAGAAAGAACAAGCCAAGAAAUUAGAAACCAAACCAGAACCCAAACAACCAGAGCCAUCUACAGCAGCAGUAGCAGAUGCUUCCCUUGAAUCCUGUAUUAGUCCAGAUGCACUGAAGGAGUACACCAGUCUCCAAGAUAAGCAUAAAAUGUUGGAAGAAAGCUGCAAGGGACUUAGUAAAACCACCGAUAAAGAUGUGAAGAAGUAUCGGUUUGACCUUCAGAAAGCAGUAAACACACCCAUCAACUCGGUGUCUGUCCAGUCGGGCUCCCAUCUCCUUGAUAAGCUCAGUCGUCUAAAGGAUCUGCUCAUGGGCCGUGAGGUCCAGAUGGUCAACCGUAGGGUCAAGGCAACACAGCCAACAGGGGUGACAUAUGUCAAGGAUCUUGCUGCUAAGAAGCUAGUGAAACAAGGUGAUGAGCAGGUCUCAUCCAAUCACGAGUCGGCGUUUGCCUAUGCAGCAAUAGCAGUGGCACUCUGGCAGGAUAUACCAGACAUGGGUGAUCUGUUUCUAUAUCACUUCUACGCAAGUUGUCCCUUUCUGGUUCCUUAUCACAUGGCCAAAAGAGAUGAUCAAAGUCUUGAGGACUAUUACAAAUGCCUUGGUUACUGCUAUGAGAGUGAAGGUCAAAUAGAGAAGCAAGAUAAGUACCUGAAAAGGAUGUCGGGAUUCACUAGAUUAUAUGCAGCUAUCAUUGCUACUCCACCUCUUCGAGGACAGUCUCAUCCCCAUGGCGUAGAAAGAGGAUGGAUCUUUAUCUCUCGGGUUUUGAACCUCAAACCUCAGCCGGACAUCACUGCAACUACUCUCUUUGACUUCCUAGAGGUUUGUGGUCAGACAUUAUCAGAGGCAUAUGGAAAACAAUUCUUCAAGCUCUUACAAACAAUCUAUAAAAAUUACUUCCCAAAGAUUGAAGCUGUUACUCCACAAGGUUCUGGUGGUCCAGUAAUGAGACUAAAAAGCUUUUUAGAGGAUUGUCUGAAGAGACAGAGAGUGCCACCUCCCAAGGGUUUCCUCACAUCAGAUUUCUGGAGGUCAUGACCUCUGAAGGUCGUGACCCUUCGAACCUACUCUCACGGCUAGAUAUUUCCUGUUCCAUGACCUCUUAAGGUCGUGAACCUUCAAAUCUACUCUCGCGUUUAGAUCAGACUACCGGAGGUCAUGCCCACUGAAAGUCAAGACCCUUCAAAUCUACUCCAUGGCUACAAAUUUCCUAUUCCAUGAUCACUGAAGGUCAGACCCUACAAAUCUACGGAGGUCAUGAAGGUUGUGACCCUUCAAAUCUACUCUUGACAGCUAGGAAUGUCCUUUUCCAUGACUCGACACUAUGUUUUCUGGGAUUGAGAUUUGUACUUGAUAAAGCAUAUCUUUUGAAAUAGAAUUUCAUAAUUAAGUAAAUAUCCAAAUAAUUUUCAAUGAAUGUUUCGGAAGAAAUUUGUUUAGUUGUUUUUUUAGGCUUAUUACACACCACCCCCUUUUAAUGCAUUCUAUUCCAGCUUCAGGUUUCUCAAAAUGGAUUUGCUGAUGGUUGGGUUACCCAUUAUUUUUAUGCAUCCAUGUCUCUGAUGGGAUCAUAAGCGAGCCAUGUGCUUUAUAGUGACCCCGUUCUUUCUUAAAUAGGAAUAUCAAGUCUUGGCCUUGUUAUACAAAGGACACAAUUAAUUGCAAAACUGACUUGGGCUAAAAAAGAUGAUUGUUGUUUACACAUUUUGUUUAUGAGACUGACCAGUACAGUAUAAUUAGGUAAAAAUUAUUCUUUCAUAUUAUGAUUGAUCACCAACUCAUGUAACAAUGUAAUAUGAUAACUUGCUAACUGUGAAUUAGCUUUAUAUCACUUUAUCCAAGGAUAGAGCCUCCAAAUCAUUCUCAUGGCAAAUUUGAAAAUCAGGACAAAUGCUGCAUUUUGAUAUUCAGAGCUCAGUUAAUAGGAAGAAAUAUAUUUGUCCAUAUAAUUUCUGAAGCCUAUCUUUAGGUUUGGUAAAUACCCCAAAAUGCGACUAUGAAUGAUUCAAUUUAUUACUAGAUUAUAUGAUCGUUAAUGCCCUAACAGUUAUGUUGUGGAGAAUAUGAAAUGAAAAUGUGUUUUAUAGAAUAAAUUUUGUGAUUUUACAUGAAAAUGUGCCCGAUCAUAGUAAAUAUCUGUGGUUUUUAUACACCCGUCCUAGGAUGGGACGUAUUAUGGUAUCACCCUCGGUGUCCGUCCGUUAACUUUUCCUUGUAAACGCGAUAACUUCAGUUUGACUUAACCUAGGCUCAUAUAAUUUGGUGUGUAUGAUACUAGCAUGAAUCCCAGGAAGCCUCUUGAUUUUGAGGUCCAAAGGUCAAGGCCACAGUUACAUAUUUUCAUCUUACCCUUCUGCAGUCCUUGUAAACGCAAUAACUUCAGUUUAACUUAACCUACAUGUAGGCUCAUAUAAUUGGCCCUUCCUGCCUUGAAAGCUUUGGCCGAAGGGGGGAGGGAGGGGGGGCUUUCCUCUAGAAUUAAUAUUUUUACUAAGAAUAAUGUUGAAUAUAUAUCAUGAUACUUCAUUGUAACUUUGGCUAGAUAUUUUUCAGAUUAAGAGAUUUAUGAUUUUUAAGUACAGAAGUAUGAUUUGUAUUUAUUUCAAGAAUGUUUGUUUUGAUAUAUGAUUACAAAAUUAUAUUAUUUUAGAAAAGUGAGAAAUCAUGAAUUAGAAAAUCAAUAUUAUUUUGGGGCUCAAAGAGUUGUCAGAUCAAGAUAUGUAUUGUUUUCGAUUUAAUUUGUAACUAUUAAACAGUCACAUGAUUUGAUUUACCUGAUCUUUUGAUUUACCAGAAAAACAUCUAUUAUUUCAGAAAAAGUAACAAAUUAUGAAUUUUAAAAUUACAAAUAUUUCAGGGUUUAUGUAAUCGCUUUAGAGCAAGGAAAAUUGAAGUUUUGUGUUUCAGUCUUUGCAUUCAAAUAUACUUCAUACAUCAAGUAUAUUUACAUAAACACACUCUUUGUUCAAUUAUAUCAUUUGUGAUUCAAUUGCUUUACAAAAUCCAUUGAAUAUCAUUUUGUAAAAGUUCACAUACCAUUAGAUACAAUAAUUAUGAAUAUGUAGGGUAUUUUGUAGGCAAGUUUUAGCUUUCUUAUCUACCUACUUUUUGUCCCCGGUCGAGUCCACAAAGUUUUAUCCCAGGAUGUGUUUUAUGGACAAUGAGCAACAUUUCUUAAUAUUUUGCUAGAUAGGUCUUAAGAGUUUUGCUUUUGCCGUCACUUGGUUUGGUACUAUUAGUAGCUCUGAUAUAUUGAAUACAAGUUCAAUUUUGAACUGUACCGCUUUUCUAUUUCAUUUUGUCCAUGAUUUAAACAUAACCAGUUUUGAAAUGUGACUUUAGAAAAAAAAAAUUUUUGCAGAUGUGUAAAUAAAAAAAAAUCAUAAAUUAAAGGAGUGAAGUGAGUCAAGGCCAAGAAUGUUAGAAUUAAUGUAUUUCCCUUUAGCUAGAAACUUGUUAGCACAUGACAAUCAAUUAUAUUUAAUCCUAUGACUAUGAGCAAAGUCAAUACCUUGUUUUCAUGAAAGGAAUACUUUUAAUUAAAUGAAAUGUAUAUUACAGGAUAUAUUUGAAGAUCUUGUUAUUCUAAAGUAAGGACACUGAAAGAUUAUAUAAUGUAUGAAAUGUGGACAUCAAUAUAGCUACCCUAAAUUUUUGUAAUUUAUUUUCAUAUGUGGAAUGGGUAAUAUUAAUAAAUUUAAAGUACAUGUAUGGCAACAGCUUGAUUUAAUUAUCCUUAAUUUGUUUCAUUCCUGGUCAAUUUCUCUUAGACAAAUACGAUUGUUUUUCUUGAUCUGCUUUCACACAAAUUUUAUCAUUACCAACAUUGAAUUGCUGUUUAAGUAUGUCCAAUGUAAGUUACAGCAGAUACAACUUCAUUAUGUACUGGUAUAUAGCCUAUUUAUUGCUGGGGUUAAACUAGCAGGUAUGCUGUCCUAAAACAUCCAUACGUAUUACUUCUGAAGGGAUUCAUAAGUUUUAUCACUGGAUACACAUUCUUU